AUGAAUAGUCCGACAGAUGACGGGACCGAGAACACAAAUACCCAAGCAGAAGCAACACCAGGCGCAAUUCCUUAUCGAGGUCCGGCAUAUCGAGGACCUGGCGGUGAUUUCUCGACUCUCUUCAGUGAGUAUUCUCAAGAAUCAGGUGGUGGUGAAAGCAACCCACAUCCCUUUGCUUCUGAUGAAAUUAAUGGUUUUAGGAUUCACACCAGUCCGAGUCAGUCGGGAAACCUGGUACAAGCUACUGCGGUGGAAGAAUCUUCUACUGAAUUUGUCGUGACACAAGAGGCCACGCAUAUUGAUGAUCUGGAAGCACAAAACCGAAGGAUGAAGAAGAACGAGUACGAAGCCAGAACAAAGAUUCAGCUCUUGCUGCUGUCUCUAUUGACCGCAUUACUUGUGGUUGUUGUCGUUGUGGUGGUCGUUGUUGCCGCUGGCGCGUCGGACGACAAUGAAGUUGCCACUUAUGCACAGGCCAAAUCCACUAAUAAUGGAACAGUGCCUAUCGGUACAGUUGGCAGUAAUGACUAUGCCGUAUAUCCACUCAUCAGGCCCUAUUUGCCCAAUGUCACACGCCAUGCCAUUGAACGAGAGCUGGCUGUCGGCGCCAAUGCUUCUUCGGCCUCGAGUCCCCAGUACCGAGCAUAUCAAUGGCUCCAAGCAGAUCCUUGGAAGAAAAACUAUACCGCUGCUCGCCUUGUACAGCGAUUUGCAUUGGUCACUCUGUAUUAUGCUACCAAUGGUGAAAAUUGGAAGAAUAAUGGAGUUGGAGGUAUGCAAGAAGUAGAACAUCGGGAAUUCGGUACACCUCGAGUUGAAGGUAUGCUCGCAUUUUCUCUACCUAAACCACCUCCACAUGAAAAUGGUGGUGGUGGCGCCCCCCCCAGGUGGUGGUCCUCCUCCCAAUGCUGGUGGUGGUCCUUCUCCUCCAGGUGGUGGUCCUCCUCCAAAUGGUGCUGGUGGCAGCCCCCUCCGGGCAGCGGGCCUCCUCCUAUGGGUGUUGGUGGCGCCCCCCCUCCGGGUGGUUCUGGUGGUGGCCCCCCUCAUGGUGGGUCUCCUCCGAAUGGUGCUGGUGGUGGACCACCAAGUGUGGCAUCAUCCAGUGAUCUGAUACCUCCAGUUGAAUCAAACAUUGGAGGAAACUCUACGCGGCACCUACGAAGAGAGUUGCAAGACCCACACUACAUCACAUUGACUGUCCAGUCUGAAAAAUGGCUUUCUUACAACACCUCUGAAUGCUUCUGGUUUACGUACACCCCCUUUCGAUUCCAAACAGCUUGCAAUGACGAAAAUGUGUUUCAAUACCUUGACCUGCAGCAAAAUGGUCUUGCAGGGAGGUUACCCGAAGAGGUUGGUCUCUUGACUGGUAUCCAAAGUAUUCAUCUUUAUCGAAACAAACACAUUCAGGGACACAUUCCAACCUCCAUUGGGGGGAUGCGACAGCUCCAAAGCAUUGAGCUGGCAGAAAAUCAACUCACUGGAACACUGCCCAGUGAGCUUGGCUUGCUGACAAACGUCGUAUGGUUGAAUGUUCUGAACAAUCAGCUCCAUGGAACACUCCCAACAGAACUACUUCAAAUGUCCAACCUGGCGGACCUCUUUGCUGACCGCAAUGACCUGACUGGGACAUUCUUGUCUCCAGAUUUGGUCUGCCAAAGUUGGCCCAAUCUGCAAGCUGUCACGUUGGGACGAAACAAGAUGGAAGGCCCAUUGCCUACAUUUGCCAACUGCUCAAGCUUGGGUGCAAUUCAUCUUGAUAACCAGGGUUUUUCAGGCACUAUUCCAGCUGAAUGGGGACACUUGACAAAACUACAGCAUAUAGUUCUUUAUGGAAAUGAAGGUAUUGUGGGACCAGUGCCAAGCACAUUGGGACAGCUUGCAAACUUGACAAAUUUCAAAGUCACUAGGACCGGCAUCAAUGGAACAAUACCCGAGGCACUGUGCGCAAAGGUGGGGGGUGUUCUUCCCGUUGCAAAGUUUGACUGUUCGGCCCAAUUGUGCGGGUGUGAUUGUCUUUGCAACUAG